AACCUUACUGUUCUUAUCUCUUCAGUCACAGUUUCUCCUGUGGAAGAGCUUCCCGUUUGGGACAGGUCGUCUGCAUGCAGAAAAGAAUGGGAGAAGCUGUAGCCAGAGUUGCAAGAAAGGUGAAUGAAACGGUAGAAAAUAAAACAGACUCCCUAGAUUUGGCUGACUGCAAGUUGAUGACCUUUCCAAUCGGCAUUUACAAAGUCAUGAGGAACGUCACUGAAGGGAUACAUCUCAUAACUCUGGCCAAUAAUGAACUGAAGUCUCUGACUGGCAAGUUUAUCAUCACUUUCAACCAGCUACAAGAACUUAACCUGGAAGGGAAUUACCUGCAUCGCCUGCCAGAAGAGAUCAAAACCCUGUUACAUCUCAAAGCCAUCAACUUGUCUAAAAACAAGUUUCGACACUUCCCUGAGCAACUUACUGCCUUGAAAACUCUGGAGACCAUCAACCUUGAAGAAAAUGAGAUUUCAGAUGUCCCUGUUGAAAAGCUUGCCUCAAUGGAGUCCUUGCGGAGUGUGAACCUGAAGUUAAACCCUCUGAACGAGGAGGUCCGGGCGAUUGCUAGGCCACUGAUAAAAUUUGACCUCCUGGUAUCUCCAGAGGGUGCACAAGCUGCCCCUCAAGUCUGAAACACUGACUUGGAUGAAUGGACUUGGUGUGGCUUUGUUUGAAAAUUGUUUUUUAAAAGGGGGAAUGAGGGACUUCCCCAGACUGCAUGACUUCUGCGGGUGUUUAGAUAUGAAGAGUAGUUUGGGCAGUGGGAGGAAUCAGGUUUUUCAGAACUGAUAUUUCAUUGAUAGAGUGGAUCCUGCUUAAAGGAACUCCUGUUAGUUCUUUCCUUGCAACUGUCUAAAAUACGUAGCACAUUGAAAUGCAGAGAGACCCUCUGACAUGACAUGAUAAAGGAAGAAAUCUGUGAAAAGUUCAAACUUUCAGGGCUCAGAAAGGAACAUGUAGUGCAGGAAUAGGCCAGAUAAGGAAUCAUGCUUAACGGAAUACAUUUUCUACACAAAAUAAAUAGUUGUUUGCACAGCAAUGAAUCUCUGGAAGUAGACACCUACUAAAAGAAUCACACCUACUGCAACAGAGAUCAGUUUAAUACCUGCACCACUCCUGCAGGUGCAGGUCUUGUUAUGCAGGUCAAAGCAUAAUAUUAGAGUGGAGGACUACUGAGUAGAGAUUAGUCCUGCAGGAAACGGCCAAGCAUGCAUUUACAACCUUUGCAACUCCAAGCUUAUAAUCCUUUUAAGGAGAAUUGAAAUCUUUCAAAGCUAAUUUAUUUUUAAUUUUGAUCAGUUUGAUCUUAGUGGCUUUCCUGUAGGAUAAGAUCCUGCUCUUGUUCUACAGCAGAGGUUCUCAAACUGUGGUCCGCAGACCACCACUGGUCCGCGAGCUCCAUUCAGGUGGUCUGCAGAAAGGU